AAAUUGUAUUUAUUUAUAUGAAUAAUUCUUUUUCGAUUUUUUAGUUCUCUUAUCAUUUUUAAUUAGUGACAGUGAUAGUGCUUACCUCUCCCCCCCUGUUUUUUUAUACUUAUAUUCAAUUUUUUUUAAUUAAAAAAACUGUUUUAUUACUCAAAGAGCAUAAUGAUGCGUAAGAGGACGAAAGUUCGAAGUCUCCUUUUCUUAUAAAAUGUUUUAUUUAUUUACUAAGUUUUAUGACCAAUUGCCAUAAAAAUUUUAAAUGACUACCUAACAGUUUAUAUGUAAAAUAUGUUUUUUUGCUUUUUAGUGAAAUUGAAACAGUUUUGUUGAAUGCUAGUUUUGAUUGAUCAGCUGCUAUCAUCUUGUUGGAUUUUUUCAUGAUUUUCCAAAUUGUUUGGCCUGAUUAGUAGUAACUAGAUUAUUUAACCUGUUAUUUUGCCCUUCACAAUAGCUAUUUGUACACCUGUCAUAAUUUUUCGCCAUCUCAAACAAAUUCCCUGUGUCUUGGGGGGGAAAGCUUUGGGACCCAUUUCAACAAUAAAUAGUUAAUAAGCUUGGAAGAUUCACCUACCUGUUUUCGAAAAGAAAAAAAAUUAUAUCGUAGUAGGCUUUGGAAAAAACUGAAUUGUUGGAGAAAAAAUGGAACACAUAUAAACAAGAAUACGAAGAUUUGAAGAAAUGUCUAGACGAAUAUCCCAAAGAAUUGUCUGCUUCUAUAAUGAUGCCUCUUGGCCCGAGAGUAUUUGUACGUGCUAAAUUAUGUAACACUAACGAAGUGAUAAUUAGACACGGUGAAAAUAUAUUUACCAAGCAAACGGCAUUUCAAGCGAAAUCUGUGUGCGAACGAAAAAUUAAAAGGUGUAGUGACGCACUCGCAGCUAUAGAAAAAGAAAAGAAUUACUUAUAUUCCAAUAUGAGUGCAAGACAAGAGAUCACUACUGGCGCUACUGAGGAAAUAAUCGAACCAUUAGACGAGGCUGAAGAAGAGGCCUGGAGAGAAAGGCAUAGACUUAAGGAAAAAGAGUACAGACAAAAAUUAGCAGAAGCACGAGAAAAAGAAUCGAAAUGGCAAGACGAUCCAUUGAAGAGGCUCGAAGAAUUAGAAUUACUCGAAUCGUUAAAAGACGAAAUGAUAAGAAACGAUAUAGAUGUAGACAGUGAUGAGAGUUCUACAAACGAAAGCGACGACAACGAUGAUGAUGAGGAUGAUGAAGACUUCGAUAAUGUGGACAACAAUGAUGAUAAUGAAGAGGAGAAUGAUGCUAAAGAAAUAGAAAUUGUAUUUAGCAAAGAUGAACCAGAAACUAAUAUAAAGAGAAAAAAAUUGUCCAAGAAAAAAGUGUCGUUUAAUAAUGAUGUUCAAGUUAAAGAAUUUGAGACGAGGCCAGAAGAAUAUUUUAUACCUAGAAAAGAUGAACCAAAAAUAGAAAAACCAGAAAUAUUUGUAACCGAAAUCGAUGAUAUAGUGGAAAGAGAGUCAGAAAUAUCUAUAGAAAAUAAUAAAAUACCUUCUGAAGUUGAAGAUUGUAAGGACAAUACCCGACCCGUAAGCAGGUUCAAAUCUAAUAGACUAAAACAUAGAAGUAACUAAGUAUUGUAAGUUAGUUUUUUUUUUCUGUAUUAAACUAUAUGUGUGUCUAUUGUUAAAUACAAUUAUUUAUUUUAUAAAUAAUAUACAUAAUUAUAAAUAUGUUUUAUUUUAUCAAUAAUGUUGUACAGCUUUAGUAAAAUAUUAUGUGAUUGUAUUGUUAAAAUAUUUCGUUUUUUUAAA